UGAAAAGAAAAUUCGAAUUAAAAUCUCUCUUUUAGCCGUGUGUUCUCCAACAUGUUCAAAUGGUGGUACAUGUACUGCACCAAAUACUUGUUCUUGUACAUCAAGUUGGUCCGGGUCAAGAUGUACAACACCCGUGUGUUCUCCAACAUGUUCAAAUAGUGGUACAUGUACUGCACCAAAUACUUGUUCAUGCACAUCGAGUUGGACUGGUUCAACAUGUACAACGCCCGUGUGUUCUCCAUCAUGUUCAAAUGGUGGUGCUUGUACUUCACCAAAUACUUGUUCUUGUACAUCAAGUUGGUCCGGGUCAAGAUGUACAACACGUAUGA